AGUAAAUUUUCUUCCCUUUGUAGGAGAAGAUUAAGCGUAUCCAGCAAAUCAGAAUGGAGAAAGAACUUCGAGCUCAACAAAUUUUAGAGGCAAAAAAGAAGAAGAAAGAAGAAGCAGCAAAUGCUAAAUUGCUGGAGGCUGAAAAACGAAUAAAGGAAAAAGAGAUGCGAAGGCAACAAGCUGUUCUUCUCAAGCACCAGGAGUUGGAGAGGCAUAGACUAGAUAUGGUAUGGGAACGAGAGAGGAGAAGACAACAUAUGAUGCUUAUGAAAGCCAUGGAAGCACGUAAAAAAGCAGAAGAAAAAGAGCGAUUGAAGCAAGAGAAACGUGAUGAAAAAAGGUUGAAUAAAGAACGUAAACUAGAACAGCGAAGACUGGAACUAGAAAUGGCGAAAGAGCUGAAGAAGCCUAAUGAAGAUAUGUGCUUAGCAGACCAGAAGCCUUUGCCAGAACUGCCUCGCAUCCCAGGCCUUGUUCUGUCUGGAAGCACUUUUUCAGAUUGUCUCAUGAUCGUACAGUUCUUGCGUAACUUUGGUAAAGUUCUUGGCUUUGACGUGAAUACGGAUGUGCCUUCCCUGAGUACUCUUCAAGAAGGUUUGCUGAACAUAGGAGACAGCAGAGGAGAAGUACAGGACUUGCUUGUAAAGCUUGUCUCUGCAGCUGUUUGUGAUCCAGGACUUGUUACGGGAUACAAGGCUAAAACUAUUCUUGGGGAGCACUUACUGAAUGUUGGCAUCAAUCGAGAUAACGUGUCUGAGAUUUUGCAGAUAUUUAUGGAGGCUCAUUGUGGGCAAACUGAGCUUACAGAGAGCUUGAAGACAAAAGCUUUUCAGGCACAUACUCCAGCUCAGAAAGCAGCAGUGCUAGCUUUCCUUGUCAAUGAGUUAGCUUGCAGCAAAAGUGUAGUCAGUGAAAUUGAUAAAAAUAUUGAUUAUAUGUCGAACUUAAGGAGAGAUAAAUGGAUGGUUGAAGGCAAACUUCGGAAUCUUAGAAUCAUUCAUGCAAAAAAAACUGGCAAAAGAGAUGCUACAGGAGGUGGUGAAGUAGGAGAGGAGCCGCAUUCUUUGGAAACAUCGACACCAGGCCGCAAACGGAGACGAAAGGGUGGGGAUAGUGAUUAUGAUGAUGAUGACGAUGAUGAUAGUGAUGAUCAGGCAGAUGAGGAUGAUGAGGAUGAAGAGGACAAAGAAGAGAAAAAAGGAAAGAAGGCAGAAGUUUGUGAGGAUGAGGAUGAUGGAGACCAGACAGCAAGUGUUGAAGAACUAGAGAAGCAGAUUGAAAAACUGACAAAGCAACAAAGCCAGUACAGAAAGAAGUUAUUUGAAGCCUCACAUUGUUUGCGUUCAAUGAUGUUUGGUCAGGAUCGUUACAGGCGCCGGUAUUGGAUUCUGCCCCAGUGUGGUGGCGUUUUUGUGGAAGGCAUGGAAAGCGGCGAAGGUCUAGAAGAAAUUGCAAAAGAAAAAGAGAAGUUAAAAAAUGUAGAAAGCAUGCAUAUAAAAGAAGAGAUAUUUGAGAUAUCAGAAGAAAAAAUAAGCUGUUUAAAUACAACUCACUGUGAGCAAAAGGAAGAUCUGAAAGAAAGGGACAGCACUAAUUUGUUUUUACAAAAGCCUGGGUCAUUUUCAAAACUAAGCAAACUGUUAGAGGUUGCAAAAAUGCCACCUGAGUCUGAUGUUACACCCCAAAAACCUAAUAGUGGUGCAGCAAAUGGUUGCACUCCAUCUUAUCAAAAUACCUCCCAAAACUCUCUGUGCAGUCUUCAACCCAGCGUAUCACAAAGCAGCAACGAGAAGUCCGAUUCUAAUAACCUUUUCAGUCCUGUUGCAAGCGGGACAGGAAAGUUUUAUAGUUCUCCAUUAAUUCCAAGUGAUCAGUUGUUAAAGCCUCUUACUGAGAAGAACAGACAAUGGUUCAGCCUUUUGCCAAGAGUACCCUGUGAUGACAUGUCAGUUACCCAUGUAGAUACACCACCUACUGCAACUUCACUUACUCCUCAGUCACAUCCACCAUCAAAAUCGCCUUCACCUGUUCCAUCACCUCUUCUGGGCUCAACCUCUGCACAGAGUCCGAUGGGAUUAAGUCCUUUUGCAUUGCCACCACUGCAGCAGAUGAAGCCUGGACUACCUGUCAUGGGACUUCAGUUUUGUGGAUGGCCUACAGGAGUUCUUACUUCAAAUGUUCAAUUUUCAUCUCCUUUACCUACUAUUGGAUCAGGGUUGGGGUUACCAGAAGGGAACAGUAACUCAUUCUUGACAUCUAGUGUUCCUACAAGUAAAAGUGAAUCACCAGCACUGCAGACUGAGAAAACAGCUUCUGCCACCUGUGCAGCCGUGGAAGUGGCCAAGCCAGUAGAUCACCCAAACCCAAAACCAAUACCAGAAGAAAUGCAGUAUGGGUGGUGGAGGAUUACUGAUCCUGAAGACCUAAAGUCUUUGCAUAAAGUGCUGCAUCUCAGGGGAAUAAGAGAAAAAGCCUUACAAAAACAAAUACAGAAACACAUGGACUAUAUCACUCUGGUCUGCAUCAAAAAUAAGGAUGUUGCAAUUAUUGAUAUCAAUGAAAAUGAAGAUAACCAGGUAACUCGAGAUGUUGUGGAAAACUGGUCAGUAGAAGAACAAGCAAUGGAGGUGGACCUUGCUAUUCUUCAGCAGGUGGAAGAUCUAGAGAGGAGAGUUGCAUCAGCUAGUUUGCAAGUUAAGGGCUGGCUGUGUCCUGAACCUGCAUCAGAAAGAGAAGACUUGGUAUAUCAUGAACAUAAGUCAAUUAUUAGAUUGCACAAGAAGCACGAUGGAGAUAGUGCUGGAGGCGGAGAAGGCAGUACCAGCUCUCUAGAGCGGAAGAGUGACAACCCUCUAGAUAUAGCUGUAACCAGGCUUGCUGACUUGGAGCGGAACAUAGAGCGAAGGUAUCUGAAGAGCCCCUUAAGUACCACCAUUCAGAUCAAACUGGAUAAUGUGGGCACAGUUACUGUCCCUGCUCCUGCACCAUCCAUUAGUGGUGAUGGUGACGGAACUGAAGAGGAUAUUGCUCCAGGGCUAAGGGUAUGGAGAAAGGCGUUGUCAGAAGCACGAAGUGCUGCACAGGUAGCUCUGUGCAUUCAGCAAUUACAGAAAUCGAUAGCAUGGGAAAAAUCUAUUAUGAAAGUUUACUGCCAAAUAUGUCGAAAGGGAGAUAAUGAGGAACUGCUGCUGCUUUGUGAUGGUUGCGAUAAAGGCUGUCAUACCUACUGCCACAGACCCAAGAUCACUACCAUACCAGAUGGAGACUGGUUUUGUCCUGCCUGCAUAGCAAAGGCAAGUGGUCAAUCUCUAAAAUUAAAAAAACUUCAAAUAAAAGGAAAAAAAAGUAAUGAACAAAAGAGAGGCAGGAAAUUACCAGGAGAUACAGAAGAUGAAGACUCUGCGACUACUAGCGCCUCAUUAAAAAGAGGAAAAACAGACCCUAAGAAAAGGAAAAUGGAUGAAAGUGUUUCUGUAAGCCAAGGAAAGCAAGAAAAUUUCACUGCUAUAAAGAAACCUAAAAGAGAUGAUUCCAAGGACCUGGCUAUAUGCAGCAUGAUUCUCUCAGAAUUGGAAACUCAUGAGGAUGCUUGGCCUUUCUUACUUCCUGUAAACUUGAAACUUGUUCCCGGUUAUAAGAAAGUUAUUAAAAAGCCUAUGGACUUUUCCACCAUUAGAGACAAGCUAACUAGUGGACAGUACCCUAAUGUUGAAGCGUUUUCGCUAGAUGUCAGGCUUGUUUUUGACAACUGUGAAACCUUUAAUGAAGAUGAUUCUGACAUAGGCAGGGCUGGCCACAACAUGAGGAAAUAUUUUGAAAAGAAAUGGACAGAGAUUUUCAAAUUGAGCUGAAGUUACCAGAACUCAUUUUUCCCCUUAAAUGAGGACUGAUAAGACCAGCAAUGUGAACAUGAAAGUGCAAGGCUCCUGCGUAACUAAUGACUGUUCUUCUUCCUUAGAAGUAUCACAAAAAAGUGAUAUUAGUUCUAAAGGCUUCACUCCUACAGCAACCAUGGCCCCUUGGUUCUUGGUUUGUAUGUUUUAACAAACUAAUUUAGGUAGAACAGGGAAGCACACCCAAAGAAUUUCAAAGAAAGGGGUGUUAUAGUGCAAUAGCAAUUUAAAAUAUAUCAAAACGCACUGAAUAUUCAACCACCAGAGCUCUACUCGGGAAAAUGGUUCUUUUUCCCUUCCAAUAAAUAUCUAUUUUUCAUUUUUUUACUUUGUAGUUUAUUUUUAGUGAAUGUAUUUAAUUUUAUGAAUUAUUUAUGAUUAUACAGCAUCCAGAAUCUUCGUUUUCUGUGAAAAGGAAGAAUUAGAAAAUUGCUUUAAAUCUUGAAAAUACAACAAGGAAUGUUUUAAAAUGUAAAACAAAGCCAAGUAAAACUGUUUACACUGAUGUGCUGUAAAAGCACUAAAAAUAAACUUUACUGUAGAGUUACAAGUACAUUUAUAUAUAUGUUGCUGCAUCACUUGUGUAGUUAAAUUGUAUUUCAAGACAGUGAAGAAAAAUUGAGACUUGUAUAUACUGUUCAUUAUUGUUUAUAUUAAGUCUUGUUUUAAAUAUGUAUGAUGUGUACAUAUUGUUUGCAGAUAUUAUUGUUUAUGCCUUAGGAAGACAGUAGCAUUUUAUUUUAGUCUUAAGGUAACUAUAGCUAUAUGGCUUGUACAGUAAUUAUCCUCUACCAACACUGUGGAGUCUCCUUAAUCUUGGUAGUGCCUGCCUUUAAAAACAGGGUGUAGGGGAUAUUAGUUUUCCAUUUUUCUAUUUUGUUACAUAAUUUCAAGCCACCACAGCCUCAAUUUCAAGUAUGAUCAUUUGUAUCCACAUGGAAUAAAAUUGUGACAAUUUCCUAGCGCACACAGUAUUUUUUCAUAGAAACAUUUUCCUCCAUUUGCCUUGCCACAGAAAUAACAACAAAACAAAACAAAACAAAAACAAAAAAAA